CCCAGCCUCUGCUCCACGACGCUGUCAUUCUCCGCUGCGCCUCGGUCGGUGCAGACUGCAGUUCCCUCCCUCCUUUCGUCCUCCCCGGCCGGCCUGUGAGCUCAAGAUGUGACUGAGCCUGGGAGUGGGCUGGCGGCUCUGCGGCAGCAGUGCCUCGGCUUCUCUCUGGCCACGUUCCCUGCACAACUGCGAUUCCCUUGGAGCGGGAGACGGAGACACGCACCAGGGACUCGGAGCGCACCCUCCGGGCCCGGUGCAGUCGCAGCAGCUCCCGCGUCUGCAGCCGCCAGGGCCUCGCGGAGCUGAGAAGGCUAGUGCAGAGAGGAGCCACUGGCUUCGAGCAGCUUAGCGCGAUCCCCAAGAAGGCGCCUGUCUGCUGCGUCCCAGCGAGUUGACUGCAGUUUCUGAAGUUGGAGGGAGCCGUGAGGAGGAGAGGCCAAGAAGGAAGAGAGAACUCUUGCCACCACAUUUCAGAGGGACGACAUUGCCUGAAUUGUGAAUAGUUACUUGGACAAACUUUUCUCCAAGGCAGAGCACGGACGCAGCCCUAACCCAGUGUCUCCAGCUCUGAGGGACUGACGUACUCACCAUCCCAGCAGCACCUCCUGCUUCUACCAUGGGACCUUCUGGCAGCCUGCUAGGCAGUGAACACUUGCAGCUUGUCCUUUUGGGAAGUUUGGCAGCUGCCACCACUUUCUUCCUCAUCACCUUCCUCAUUUUCCUGUGCUCCAGCUGUAACAGAGAAAAGAAGCCGAGACAGUACAAUGGAGACCACGAGAACCUGAUGAACGUGCCUUCAGACAAGGAGGUGACCAGCCGUUCAGUGACCAGCCUGGCCACAGAUGUUCCUGCCAGCAGUGAGCAGAACGGGGCACUCACCAAUGGGGACAUUGUCUCAGAAGACAGCACCGUGACCUGCAUGCAACAUUAUGAGGAGGUCCAGACCUCGGCCUCUGACCUGUUGGAUUCUCAGGACAGCACAGGGAAACCCAAGUGUCACCAGAGCCGGGAACUGCCCAGAAUUCCUCCAGACAGUGCGGUGGGCACAAUGGUUAGUGCAAGGAGCAUGGAUGGAGACCCAGGGGUGGGGACAGAAGGGCCAUAUGAAGUGCUCAAGGACAGCUCGUCCCAGGAGAACAUGGUAGAGGACUGCCUAUAUGAAACCGUCAAGGAGAUCAAGGAGGUGGUUGCAACUGCACCCCCAGGCAAAGGCCCCAGUGGCCAGUUCAAGGUGACCUGUGCUUUGAAGGAGCUCCCAGCCGAAGGCAGAGCCGACUUUGCUGAAUAUGCCUCUGUGGACAGGAACAAAAAGUGCCAGCAAAGCAUGAAUGCAGACAAUGUUCUGGAAGCUUCCCAUGAUCCAGAAGAGGAAGCCCCACCACCAGUCCCUGUUAAACUUCUGGAUGAGAAUGAGAACCUUCAAGAGAAGGACAACAGAAAGGCAGGAGAAGAAAGUGCCCCAGAAGGGACUCGUGACAGCAACAAGAGAUUUAGUUCCCUGUCAUAUAAGUCCCGUGAAGAAGACCCAACUCUUACAGAAGAAGAGAUCUCAGCCAUGUAUUCAUCUGUAAAUAAACCUGGGCAACCUGGGAAUAAAUCAGAACAGUCCCUUAAAGCACCAGAGUCCAGCUCAGGAGCUGUUCAGAGGCCCCUGUCUUCCUGUAAUGACCUCUAUGCGACUGUUAAAGACUUUGAGAAAACUCCAACAGCAAGCAUGAUUCCACAGGCAGGGAGACCCCGGGAGGAGCCUGAGCCUGACUACGAGGCAAUCCAGACUCUGAGCAGAGAGGAUGAAAAGGCCAUCCUGGAGACAAGUGGCCACUGUGGCCCCUGUCCAAAGGAGAAUGACUACGAGAGCAUUGGGGACUUGCAGCAAUGCAGAGAUGUCACCAGGCUCUAGAAACUCAGAAGACAGCCCCUGAGAGCCUAGGACCAUCUGGUAGGGGACGAGAAGAAGACACAGAGCAGUCCCUUCCACUUUACAUGCUGCUUUGAUGACUAAGGACAGUGAAGCUGCCUGGAGUUUGGGAACAGGAAGGUGCAUACCUGGCUGCCAGGCACUGCCACACCCAAGCACAGUCCUCAUGUCCCCACAUCCUCGGGACAGGUUCCAGCUGUCAGCAGAGGAACCACAACUCCACCUGCCUAAAUACUGCCGUUCAGAAGAGCCAGGUUUCCUUCCUUCCUUCUUUGGUUGCUGUCUGCUAUUUCCCCCCUUGAAAUCUCCCCAUUUCUACUGGUUCAUUCCAAGGAAUUUCACCCAAAGGGCUUGGCCUCUGCCUUCAGUAUAGGUGUUUUCAGAUGGUAAGAAACUGUGGUUGCUGGUACUGUCAGAUGCCCUCUCAAGGGUCUUGAGUCUUCAUGCCUUCUGAUACAGACACUCCACAUCAGCAGCUUCUCCCAAAGGAUUUGAAGUCAUUUUUAGAUGCUUUAUUUUAUUUUUCUAGUCAAAACAAUUUUCCUCCCAGUAUUUGGAACUUCAAAAUCUUUGAAGUAUUUGUGGUGAACGCUGCGGUACUACUGUACUUGUUUUAGCCCAGGGCCCAUUCCUCCAAAACAGAGAGCCUUAAUGUCUAUGUCGGGACACAGACCUCACGCCUGGACAGCCCACGACGGCCGCCUCCGACUGGCUGUGGACUUGAAUGUGUGUUUCCCAUGAUCUGUGAGGCCACACCAGCAGCAUGAGUUCCAUAAAUUAACUGCUGCCCUAAGGUAAUCUAGCUGAGAUUAAAAUGUAAACAUUUAUUUUUGUUAUAUAAAUUUAUAAGAUGUUUUAUGUUUAAUGCCUAAUUUCUAGAAAGUGCCAGAAAAAUGUAUAUUAACUAUUUUGAUUUUAUGUACAAUGAUUUAUACUUUCAUUUUGAAAAGACACCUUAAAGCACAUAAGCUAGGAAGUUACAAAUCAUUAUUAUCAUUUUUCUAACCAAGUGUUUAAAACACUGAAGGUUUUUAAAGACUCAAACUUGUCAAAUGGUACUUGGAGCUCUUGAUCGAAAUCAUCUAGCUCUCAGAGAAAUCAGUGGAAUGAUCAUAAAUGAUCAUUUUCAGUGGUUUGUGAUGGGAAAUAUUGAAGAAUUUGAAGUGGUAAAAUGGAAAGAAGAACAAAAUCUAACUAAGGGUGACUGUGCAUUACUCAUGAAGGUAUAAAUAAUUCUUAAGAUUUGGUUACAUUUUGAAGAAAAUGAUGAAUUGCAAAUACAGUAUUUGCGAGUACUGGACUACAUAAUUUUUUCCCUCCAUUUUACAAAAAUCAGUGUUUGUAGUAACUCAGAUUGAAAAUAAGCCUGGUCUGAAUUUAAUCAUCUCUUUAGAUUUUAUAAGGCCAACUUUGGGAAAGUUACUCACUUUUCACUUUAAAAGGAACCCGGUCAUUACAGUGUGGGAUACAGAAAGGGAGCUGUCUAUACUCUUAAAGGGAAAACAGAGAGACAAGCAAUUAUUCCACACCGCUGGGGUAUCUGUGACUUUUCAGAUUGCACCACCUUGCUGUCAUCACUUGUUAUGACAAAGAAUGUGAUUGGGAGGGGGAAGCAUUUGAAAACUCUAGGGACUGGAUGCUCACUGACACUCAGUAAGGUGUUUUCCAUCCCUCACACUCUCGGCUUGGUUUGUGACUGCUCUGCAAUAUGUUCCUGAAAUUGUGAAGCGAGCUCUCUUCACGCACACUGGUUGUCAUUUUUCACUCAGCCUGGUCACUUGCUUCAAGAGUCCGUGUGCACAAGCACCAUCAUCACUGAUUAGAAGAUAAUGGCAGAAUUCCCUCAGAUUAGGGAGUUACCCAGAUGGUACGAGACCCUUGCCCUCUGAAUUUACUUCCUAAAUAAGCACUGUUUUUGCUUGGUACUUUUCACUGCUAAUAUUAAUGAGUUUGACCCAGCCAUCCCUGUGUCAUGGGGUUCCUUUAGUGUAUGGUGAGAGCCAUGCCCUAUGGCCCCCCUAGCACUGUGCCUGCAGCAUCAUGUCCUUCGGGAGUGCCUGACCGUUUGAAAGUUUACUGUAUUUUAUGUUUUAUUUAUUGCCAGGGAAGUGGGAAGUGAGUAUCAUCUGUAAAGUAUAAAAACCACCUAAAGAGAGAAGCUCUUUAUAAAUAGUCAUAGCCUCUUGAAAUUCCAUUAUCAUCAGUUUCCCCCAGAAGCAUUGAAAUGCAGGCUGUGCAGUACAGCCAGAAAAUGUGCACUGAAGUAUCUCUCUUCAUUCGAGAUCUGGCGCUAAAAAUAAGCUGGAAUACAAAGUGUUAUAGGUUUACUUUAAAGGGAACUAUAAGGUCCUCCAGUACAGAUUCUGAAAAAUGAGGGAUAGCAGAGCCUCAGAGCAUUGGAGACGUGGCUUCCAGACAUGGCUCUGUUCUGUUGACCACUGGCACCUGAGUGAAGGAUGUUUAUUGAUGUGUCAUCACUGUUUGACCUUAUAUGCAGUGUUUCAUAAAUGCCAUCACUUUUGCUGUAUUUGUCAAAAAUUUGUGCUGCAUUGUUUGAAUUGGACAAAAGCCUACAGCUUCUUUCAAAAGGGGUUUCAUUUUGAGUUAAAUGCUAUAGUUUAAAUGUACGAAAGGUAGUUACCAAAAAAAAAAAAAAAAAAGAACUAUCUGUACCUUUAAAAGUCAAUUUUGACAUCUGACAUCCAUAUUAUACAUUCCAUUAUAAUAACCUAGGUUAGUGAAAUCAUACAAAAAGAUAAAAAUAAGUUUUAGGCAAGUCUUUUUUUCCUCAUAUAAAUCAGAAUUAUAAACUUCUUUUGCCUAAAAGUAGGAUUUUUGUCCUUGUUCAAAAAUUUUUAAAGUUUAGUAGACUUUUUUUCUACUGCUUUUACUAUUUCCCAAAUUCAGUCAACAGGGAAGUGUAGCCUGUUUUAUGCAAAAUGUUUGUGGAAAUUUUAAAUUUGAAAAAAAGUAAUUUUUGUAGAGUAAUUUUUGUUCCUACCCUGCACUCAAUUACAUCAUUAGUUCUAGGAAAGCUUUUGAAGCUCUCCUUUUUGGGAAAAGGCAAUUACUGAUUUAUUUGCCCUCAGAAUCUAAGAGUUAAUUCAAAUUGAGAGCUAACUAACAGUAGGAAGGCAACAUCAAGAAAUAAAACUUAACCUCAGCAUGUCACUGGCUUUGUUUCUUAUAUGUAUUUUCAUUUUUCUAGUUAGAGCAUUUACUCACUUUAACCAGUAACAAAUCGUAUAUAUAUAUAUAUAUAUACACACACACAGGUAUACACAUAUAUACACAUAUAUCUUCUGGUGCUUAAUUCAUUAGGACAUGUCCUAUUAUUCUAUUAAGUAUUUUGAAUGUUUAUUUUACUAGUAUGAAGACUAUCGUAAUAAAAGCAGAAAAGAAACAACAAUUUUUCAAUACUUUUCAUUUGGUAUUUAUAAGAAAACCUUCUUAAGUUGCUCUCAUUUAGUUUUCCUAAUGAAUUAAUUCAGAUUUUAAAUUGUUUCCAUAAUUCUAGCUGAAGAGCCAUGGUAUUUUAAAUAGUUUUAUUAUCUAUGUGACUCACUGUAUAUUCAGCCUCAUGAGAGGAGAUGUGAACAGGUGUCUCAGGUAUUGGAGAGGCGACCUGGCCAGAAGCUACAAGAGCCACGUGAGCUGGAUGGGGCCACAGCAGGAUGACCACACCAGGUAGCAGAAGCAGAGCCUAUUCUCAUGUGGGGCCAUUUUCUUUCAUCCUCUUCAGAAACCAGAGAAUCCAUAAGUAGUGCUGGAGUCUGAUGUAGAAAGUAACUGCUCUGAGCUGAUAACCAAGCUGUAGUCACAGAGCUUCAGUGCGAGACUGCAUGAGGACUUUGUGAAUGAGUCAAUGACAGUUUUCAGUGUUCCUUGUAAAUGUGACUUCAUGGGAUCCGGUGAUGCCAUUCCCCUGAAAGUGUUGAUGUCUGGUGCCUAGCCAGCUUCACUUUGGCUGCUGGAAGCCCCAUAGGUACUGAUGGAUAUUUCAAGGAAAUCUUGACAGGCUCAUUGUGCUGUGUAAUUGAGCGAAGUUAAAGUGUAAUAUUUUCUGUUAAUAAGUGACUGAGUGAAAAUAGAAGCAUGUGUCUGUAAUAGCAAAUAUGGCUUCAUUUGCAAUGAAAUUGAGAUUCCUGGUCCUGUGGCAGUAUUUUCUUGCUCUGUAUUAUACCUUUUCUUUGAUACAUUGUUUUUGACAGUGGCAUUAGCCAGGUUGUACGCACUUAGAAAGUGUUUGACUUAGAGAGAUCAGUCCAGAAACCGUGAUAAAUUACCAAAGUAAAUUCAAUGAAACCGUGAUCCAGAAGAGAACAUUCAUAAGUGCUUUUUUUCUACUGUUCAAGUCCAUGUUUAUGUCCAGUCUCUAUAUAAAGUAUUUUAUUAUUUUUCCAGGUUCUUUUAUUUAACUAAGAAAUGGUAGUUCAGAUUCAUCUUCAUGACAGAUGAAAUGGGAAAUGCAAGUUUUGUUAAAAAGGCAAUUUUUUUAAGCAUUCAAUUUGGUAACCAUUCUUUUUAAUGCAGUUAGAGUAGAUUUUUCAUUGCUUACCACACACAUAUGAGUAUUUUUAAAAACGUACUGAAGUUUGGGUGUCUCAAAUCACCUUGUGUAAUGGAUUAUAAAGGCUGGUAGUUGUUAUUCCUCAGACUUCUGUUUGUUAAAUAUUUUUAAUAUUGUUUUAAAUAUUUUAAUGUUAUUACCUCUUAAAUAUUUGUGCUGUAAUAAUAUGACUCACAUGUUCAGGGGAAGUUUGAAAUAUAGGUAAACGUAUAGGAAUUUAUAUUUCAUUGUCCAUGCAUUUUUUUCCUCAUAAAAAUAGUUCCCCCCAAAACUAACUUAUUAUCUGCUAGGCAGUCCCACAGUUUCAAAAUACUCUUGCUCAAAAACAAUUCAUGACACUGAGGGAAUUUGACUCAAUGUGUCAAAAUGUCUCUGUCAUGGUCAAAUUUUUAACUCACAAGAGUGAGAAGUUGUGCUGGGAAUUUUUAAACCUUAGUUUUAGUCCAAAAAUAUCUCACAUUGCCUUCCACAGCUUAUAAUUUUUUCCUCCCUGACUCUAGUCCUCUGAAGAAGCAGUUAAAAGAUUGUGGGCAGGGAGGCACUAUUUCUUCCAGUCUCGCCUGGGCUCCUCCUGCACAGAAUACCUUUUGUCACUUUGCCCAGCACAACCUCUGGGCCUCUUCCCCACCCCAGUCCUUCCUAGUCUGCUGUUUCCAGGAUGUCUUCUCUUGUCUAUCUUCCCCAGUACCAUUGACAGCCCUGCCUCUUGGCAUAGAGCCAUCUCAGCUCCAGGUGGUGAGCAGACAGCUCCACCCACCUCUUUCUCCUGCGUGGUGGGCUACCCAAGUGAAACCACAGACCAACCCGGGAAAGCAGAUGCUAGUUGUGCUUUGUCAUGAGCUUUGCUCAGCCAGGUACAGCGUUGCCCACAUCUCUCAUGAGAAUGGUUCUCACUAAGGGGCCAUGGAAAACAGCGUUUAAAAAAUUGUGUUGAGUACUCAAACUCACAAAUGCAGAAAAAUUCUCACAUGACCAUGGUGUAACUGGUAAGCUCGCUGUUCCCCACAAUGCACUGAGACAGUCCUAUGUCUCCUAAAACUCCAGUUGAAGAUCAGUCUUUGUGCAGUGGACCAAUAGUUCCCUAUAAAAUGGAACACUGUUUAUUUUAAAGGGGAAAAAAACCCUUUUUUGUCAGAAGUAAUCAUUUAUAAAAUAAUCUGUUUUAGCCAGGUAGCUAUUGCCCCCCCAUCCUAUGAAAGAAAUACUUCUUGUGAGUUAUGUUAGUUGUUACUAGUUUGAGCUACUCUCCCAUGUCCUGAGGAAAUGAGAGUGUUCAAGCAUCUAACUGCAGUUACCAGACACUGAAUAACCUGGAUGUUCCUAGGCAAACUGAUGUUUGGAGUGAGAAACCAACCAAGCUCCCUUUAUGGAUGAGCCCAGGUGAAUGGUGCACAAAGGCUGCAGAUCUCCCUCUCUGGACACCUAAGGAUCCAUCAGCAUUAGUCUUGAUAGUUUUGUUUAGUUUUGAUUUUUGUAAGUUCACUCUAAGUAAAUUUAACAUCAUAGUUAUUAUCUGAAUGGAUAUUCUAGACCGUAAUUUUUUUUCCAAAUUAACAGAACAGAUAGCUGCUCAUUCUUUUUAUGCAUUUAAUUUUUAAAAGUCCACCCAGUAUAGUAGUUUGUCACCCUUAAUAGGACAAUUAAGGUGAAAAGAGAGACCAGCCUUUGCCCCUGGGGUCAGCACUCCAGAACUGUCUGGUCAUAACAUCUGGUUUUGUUUCCUUUUGUUUGUUUGUUUUUUUAACUCUACAAGUUGGAAACCAUGAGUUUAAAACAAAUUCUUUCCUUUUCCUUUCUUAAGCUUAGAAAAUUUUUUAACGUUAUUAUAUGUAUUAAUAUGAUUCACAUGUUUGGUUAGGUCCCCACUGAGGUAGGAGAGGCUCUGGUGAUAGACAGCAGCCACAUUUCCUAAGCCAGGAGACUGACCCUAAGGUCUGAUCUGCCUGUAAGGGACUCGAACAUGCCCUUGACAAGUUUUUAUGUAUUUUAGUGUAAAACCCAUAAAUGAAUCUGGCGUGGUGUUCGUGACCCAUUCCACAAGCUUUCAUACUUUUUAACAAUUUGUGUGUGAACACAGGCUUCUCUUGUAUUUCCUGGAGGGGUAACUAGAAAGCUGACUCCUGGGGGCUGCUCUACACUGCCUCCUGGUGUCCUGGAAAGCAGCUGCACAGUGAUGCUUGCAAAGGUAGAAGCCAGGGGAAAAUAUCAGGAAAGCUGAAUUUUAUAUUCACAUUCACAGGCAUUUGAGAGGGUCCCAUAUGCCUCAGAUUUUGACACUUUAAAAAAAAUUUUUUUUCUGAGUACCAACUACAUACUUCAUUCUGGGGCUGGGGGGUGGGAGGGCGGGGCUGGACCAGAAGUAAAAUUUGAACUAAGGGAUGUGGGCAAGGCUUCCUGCCCCUGUCUGAUUAUGUGUCUGGGAAAUAUAUUAUCCCAAAUCUUUGUCCACCACUCUGAAUCUCUUAAGGAGCAAGUGUAAGUAGGUAUAAAUGAGCAAGGCUAUCUCAAAGAUUUAAAUUAUUGCUUAGAUAUUUUCUUCUUUAUAAAUUCAGGAAAUCAACCUGGUUUAUAGCUAGCAUAAUAUGGUUACUAAAACUAUAAUUUGUAGGUCACUAAAUGCAUCCUUUCAGAUAUUCAUCUAAAGACUCCUGACUUUGUUUUAACUAAGAAAAGAAAUUCCUCAUAAUGGAAAAACAAACCCAACAAAAAACUUCCACAAACUCUAGAACAGUGUAGCAUCAGUCUAACAUCUACCCCAGAAUAUGUGUUUCUUGUGUAUAGUAGUAGUUCAACAACUUUUAUGGGAGAAAAAAAUGCAAACUUUUUAUUUCUUGGAAAUGUGGAUUAAGGUGUUGAAUUAAAUUCUCAGAGGCAAUAAUUUAAAAAGAAGCAUUGGUUUUGGAGACGAGCUCACAGCUCUAUGGUCACUGUUCCAGCAUUAACUUUACUAUGUGACAUUGAACAAAUGAGUUAACUUCUCUGUGCCUCAGUUUCUCCAUAUACAAAGUGGAGAUAAUGAUACCAACCAUUGCCUACCUCAUAGGGAUGUUAUGGAAACAAAUGAGAUAACAUAGGGAAAUACCAAUGCUUUGAACUCUGGAAGGAAGGUGCUAUAUAAAUUGAUGUAUUGUUUUUAAUGAUCCAAUUAUUAUGUUUAGGGCUUAAACAAUAGCAAUACUGUUAGUCAUGUUAAGAGUAAGUUUCAAUUUGAUUUAUAUAUACAACUCUCUUCUGGGACCAGGUCUUGAUCAUUCAUCCAUGUAUGGUACCUACAGACUGAAAUGGUUAUUUUUUUUUUCUGUGUUUCUGCCUGUAGUAUUUUUAUUCUGAAUUUUCCCCAAAGGCUGGAGUCGAACUUCUAAUAUCUUAUCGUUUACAUGUAAUGAACCUUAUUCAAGCUAUGUAUAAUUACAUGUAAAUAGCAGGUACAUUGUAAUUAAAGGCACUUAUCAAAUUG